AUGGCCUACAGUGCAAACACCAAACAGGUCUCUUCCUUGCUGACACUGUUAGUCGUCGUGGUUGUACUUUGUGGCACGGUUUCGUGCGCUGAUCUGGGAUUCCAGUGUGUUUUCGGUCCCAUGAUAACUUCAACUACGCCUGAAGGAGAGACUGUGGAGUUUUGUCCCACGCAGAUGCACCCACCCGUGAUGACCAAAGGCGACUACCUGGUUGCGGACAAGAACGGCACGUGUUAUGAAUGCAUGUGUGCCCCAGAUACCGGACUGGCCUGCUGCGA